CAGAGCCAGAGAGGCGAGAUAAAGAGGAGGCAGAGGUGUGGUCCCUGACAGGUGGGUUUACCCUGAACUUCAGCCAAGGUGGUGUUCCCACCUUCUUGUGACUCAACUGAUGUCUAAUAUUAAUGACAGAGAUCAUCUGGUCUUUCUUCACUUGCCAAGCAUUAAGACAUCUGAAACAUGCACAGAUAAUCUGUCUGAAGGAUUGCUACCUCUGCAGGGAUCCUUUAAGGGACUGUCCAGAACUCCUCAUCCCAGGCUGAAAUCUCAGAUUUACACCAUGGAAGAAGGGAUAGAUAACCCAACGUUCACCGCUGUAGAUGAAGUAGCAUUGAAGACUAUUGAAAACGACAUUAAAAAGGUGAUCCCAAGUUCUGGAGUGACGGAAAAGAAAAUCCAGGAUCCCAUUGGCAGUGAGGAGUAUGAAGAGGGGCCGUGUGGCUGGGGACGCUUCACGCCGAGCUUUCUGCAGUGUUGUAACAAUCCCAAGGGUUAUUUAGUGAUGUAUAGCCUUCUGGCGAUCAUGCAAGGUACUGCUGUGAACGGCCUCGUAAAUGUAGUCAUCUCUACUAUUGAGAAACGUUAUGACUUAAACAGUUCCCUCACUGGGCUUGUCUCUGCCAGCUAUGACAUUGCAUUUUGUGUUUUGUCACUUUUUGUGUCUUUUUAUGGACAAAGAGGACACAAGCCUAGAUGGCUUGCCUUUUCAGCAUUUAUGAUUGGACUGGGGUCCAUAGUGUUCUCCAUACCUCAUUUUACUACCAGUUCAUACCAGUAUGGAAACAGAUAUAAUGAUUUCUGUGAAACAUCCGGAUUUAACGGCACUGGGGCAGAGUGUACUGGAAAAAAAGGUUCCUCCCUCUCAAACUACCUGUAUGUCUUUAUUCUUGGUCAGCUGCUAAUGGGAGUUGGAGGAACUCCAUUAUAUACUCUGGGAACAGCUUUUUUUGAUGACAGCCUUCCAACGCACAAAUCUUCACUGUACAUAGGAAUUGCAUAUGGAAUGUCUGUAGUGGGCCCUGCAAUUGGAUAUUUAAUUGGUUCACAGACGUUAAAUAUUUAUAUUGACUUUGAAAAAGGGACAAGUACUUCGCUUUCUCCAGAUGACCCCCGUUGGCUUGGUGCGUGGUGGAUUGCAUUUGUAGUCGUAGGCCUAAUAACAUGGCUACUUAUUAUGCCUUUCUCCUGCUUUCCAAAACACUUACCAGGUACAUCAGCUAUCCAGUUCAAAAGAAUAUCAGAAGCACAUAAUGAUGGAAGUGAAGGCAUUGUUGAAGCUAAAAACCUCGGAACAAACUUCAAAGAUUUCCCUUUGUCUCUUUGGCUGAUGGUAAAGAACCCAGUUCUCAUGGCUCUAACGUUUGCCAGUUGCUCUGAUGCAUUUAUCACCACCGGCUUUGCAGCAUUUCUACCAAAAUUUAUUGAAAACCAAUUUUCAUUAACGUCAAGCUUUGCAGCCAUUCUAGGAGGUGGUGUACUAAUUCCAGCAGCAGCAAUUGGACAAGUCAUCGGUGGUAUCAUUGUCUCGAAAUUCAAGUUUGAUUGCAAAAACAUUAUUCGAUUCUCAAUAAUACUGUCCUUUGUGUCAUUGGCUUUGGUAACAGUCUUCAUUUUUGCAAAGUGUGGCAAUGAGCCAUUUGCUGGUGUUACAGUGAGUUAUAAUGGGACUGAUAAAAUGGAUGAAUUGUUGUCCUCGUGUAAUAGUAACUGCUCUUGCGCCCGUUCCUUUUAUGACCCAGUUUGUGCUGCUGAUGGAGUCCAGUACUUUUCAUCUUGUUAUGCUGGAUGUUUAUCCACUGAAGUAUCUAGCGAUGGAACUAAGAUUUUCACCAAUUGUUCCUGUGUGGGAGACCCAUUAGAGAAAACAUUGAAGCGAACGUCAUUACAUUUGAAUGCCUUUGAAGCCAUUCCUGGAAAAUGUGACUCCACUUGUAAAAACCUGAUAAUAUUUAUGGUUUUCUUUUUCUUUGUGGUUGUUUCUACUUUCAUGACUGCAACACCAACAACAAUUGCCAUUCUGAGGUGUGUACCAGACAAGCAAAGAUCAUUCGCUCUUGGGGUACAAUGGUCAUUAAUUAGAUUAUUGGGUUCUAUACCUGGACCAAUAUUAUUUGGAGUUGUUAUAGACAGUAGCUGCAUUCUCUGGAACUUGAAUGAAUGUGAAGUAAAAGGAGCCUGCUGGAUCUAUAAUAAUUCAAAUAUAUCAUAUAAACUCGUUGGCAUCAGUGCAGCAAGCAAAGUCAUCACAAUUAUAUUCCUUUUCCUUGCUCAUUUUAUAUAUAAACCUCCACCAAGCCCACAAGACUCGUCACAAAACAACGGCAAAGUCAUCUCUUCAGACUCUUUAUGAGGGAAUGCCACACAAUCUCCUAUAGGAAAAUGUGAACAUUCCAUACUGGUGUAGAUCAUUCAGUAUGUUUAUAACAUAAAAAAACAAAGAUGUGACGUAGCUCUUCCACAAACAAAAGCUUAGCCAAGUAAAUUUUGUGAUUAACACGUGCAUUCCCUGUGAAAUAUUGCUGCAUCUGAAUGAAAAGGGGUUAAUAUGUAGAAUUUCUUUUAUAUCUUCUUUAGAAGAUUUUUUUUUGAAAGGUUAUAUUAACCUUUGCCUAUUGACUUUUAUGGACAAAUUACUGAUAUAGAUUAGGACUGUAAACUAGACAUGUGCACACUGAAAUAUUUUGUUUCAGCAUUUCGUUUUCGUCCGAAAAAUACAUUUAUUUAGUUAC